AUUAUGAUGUAUUUCUGUUUUCAGGAUAUAGAUGAAGUGCUUCAUUCUUCACUCAAGCAAGUGGAAAUAUUCGCCCUCAAGAAAGAAGCUAUCUUGAAACAAGAAGAUCUCACCCAAGAGAGAAAAGAUAGUCUUAUCAAACAGAUAACAGAUGAUAACGGAGCCACACUUGAUGACCUGUGUCUAGACUUUGUCCUGCCCGGAACUGAUAUAGAACUAACAGGUGGAGGUCACACUGUGGCUCUUACUAUUGAGAAUGUCGAGGAGUACUUGUGUGCUGUUGUUAAUUACACUCUUCGAGAAGGUGUAAGAAAGCAGAUGGAAGCGUUGCGACAAGGCUUCAGCUCUGUCAUGCCCCUCUCUCACCUCCAACUCUUCUACGCUAACGAAAUGUCUCAACUGCUCUGCGGCACUGGUCCUGGUCGGUGGACUGAGGAGGAUCUGUGUACCACUCUGCAACCUGAUCACGGCUACACUGCGUCUUCUACCGCUGUUAAACAUCUCAUACAGGUGAUGAUUGACUUCCAGCCAAAUGAACAAAGAGCCUUCCUAAAGUUCGUUACAGGUUGUCCCAGACUCCCUGUGGGAGGUUUCAAGGCGCUGCACCCCCGUUUGACGGUAGUAAAGAAGUCAGUGGACGGACCACCUGACAGCUACCUGCCCAGUGUAAUGACAUGUGUAAACUACCUCAAACUUCCUGACUACUCAACCACUCAGUCACUCAGAAGCAAGCUUCUCAUCGCCAUUAGCGAGGGUCAGAACUCUUUCCAUCUCUCGUAACAUCACGUGAUCUGAAUCACGUGACUUCUGUUUUGGUCUAAUUUACAUGGUCUCCGAUCGCUUUCAAGACAUUCUUUAUUUGUUUCAUCUCGCCGGAUUAAAACACAAUAAGAUGACUUGUCGUUACAUCACUGCAAUUUUAAAGAUAUCUCAAGUUGAUGGAGAAAUAAGAAGUUGGUCGGUUUUUGUUCUGAAAAGUUGAAACUCCACGUUUUUGAGAUGUUGUUUUCAAUGUGUUGUGUUCCUGGGACAAUCUACUGAAAAAUAUACUGGUCGAGAACAAAAUGUUUAGCAGGAAUUAAAAGGAGCAAUUUCACGACGACAUUGUUUUGUAAUGUUUGGUAAAAGUGUUAAAUGUGCUCCUUAGAAAGGGAAAAGAACCAACGCCUUUCACCGACUGCAAAUUUGAUAACGGUCCCUGUGAGUCACGUGAUAUUGGCACGUUUUACCGUGAUUCGUGGUCCAUAACGUUCCUUUACAUUGAACCUGACGAAUAUCAAAACAGAAUCGUGGAGCGUGUAACACUCGCCUACAAAAUAACCGUUCUUACAAAUGUUUUACUGGUUACGCAGCAUUCACAACUGCUCAAAGACAAUUUUAAAAUAAGGUUUAAUUUAUUUUCUGACACGGAUCAACAACAUAAAUUUGUCUUGUCAUGUGGAUGAUUUUUAUGAUUUUAUUAGAAGGGAUUAAGCGCGAUCAUGCACUAAAUAUAUCAAGACUCUAUGAACUCAAGAAUUUCUGUAGACUUUUACAUUUUGGGCGAUAAAAACAGAGUUCUAACUCAAAUCACAAGGAAUGGGGCGAAUUGGAAUAUGCGCUUUUAGUUUUACAUUGCGAAGCAAAAUACUGUCGAUUUGAUAACCGAUAGAAUUGUUAAUUGUUGACAAA